CGAAACGUACAAAUGUUGUGCUGGAAAUGGUAAAUAUGUGUGCGAGCCGUCUUCUGCUGCCACCUGCCUGUAUCCUGUGGCAUACAUCGUUACACGUCUCUACACAUCUGUAACCUGCUGUAACCUGCUUUAGGCUUUUGUAUUGUGGGGCCGCUGUACCAAUCGCCAAGAUUUUUAUCACGCUAAUUAGAAGGAUGAAGCUUAUUACCCACAAUAUGCUGACCAGCAAAGGCAUUAAAAAUGUGAAGGAAGGAUUCCCCCUAAAGAUUCAGGCAGAUGAAGUGAGAAAUGUGGACAUCGACUUCGACCGAGAAUUUAUAUGCAGAAUGGUUCCUAAACUGGACUGGAAUGCACUUACAUUUGCUGCACAAUGUGUGGGUCACCAGGAGGACUUGCCUGAAAAGUUACCUGAAGGAUACGAAGAUGACGACGAGCUGCUGAAGAAACUGCAUCACAUUCUUCUGGAAGUGGAAGUCAUCAACGGAUGCCUUGAAUGUCCAGAAACACAGAGAAAGUUUCCUAUCAGCAAUGGAAUACCGAAUAUGCUACUAAAUGAAGACGAAGUGUAGUACAUACUGUAUUAUUAUAAUAACGAACUGAUACUUUUAAUAAAAGUGCAAACUUUUCUUGUGUGAAUUCAUAUUCCGAGAUCUGGGAAUGAAAAAUCUUAUCCAAGAGAUACGGUCAUUGAGUUUUUUUUUUUUCGAUAAUAUGGCGAAGAGAAUUGAAACAAUAUUUAUUGCUUUAUUUUGUGGCUUUAUUUUGAUUAUAUUGUGAUUGAAUAUCUUAUUUUCAUUUGUAUACUGUAGUUAAUAUAUUUAGUUGUGUUAUAAUAUUUUAGUUGAUUUGUAAUAUUGAUGAUACUCUAGAAAGCUAUUAUAGUUUUUGUAACCAUUGCACAAAACCCACUUGGAAAAACUCUCGAUAGAAACUUAAAUUUGAUACGUACAAUACUCAAGUAGUUUUUCCACACUAAAGUUUCUGCUGUGUUACUUUAACAUUGGAAAGGUUAUCAAAGAGUUUUAUUGUCUUUUGUUUUCAUGUAAUACAUACACACCUUACAACUCAUUAUCCUUCAAUACACUGUAUAAUACAAUGGGUAUCUUACAGUACACCGAAGCCUCUUAUCAUGACACUAUGAAAACCUUAAACUCGGAUUGAGAUGAUAAAUUAUAGAUUUUUAAUACGUAAUUUUUUGGGGGUCUUGUUCUUCCAUGGAAACUGAAAAGUUGCAUUAGUUCAUGUUCAUUUAAUUCUUUUUGUCAUUUUAUUGUGUUCUUCAUCAAUUCCAAGUAAUUAAUAUUUUGUAAUGUAUUGUUCAUAGCUGCUCUAUUGUGAUCCUUAUGUUUCCUGGGCUACUUUUUUGUUAUUUAUUUCAUCAGCCUUUCACAUACACACCUUAUGGCACUCAACGGAUUAAUGCUAUUUACAUGAUCUACUUUGCCACUUCUAGUACAGUGAUCAUAGCUUUGAAUUUCUGAUGAACCAGCUACAUGUUGCUCUCGGGGAGUGCGUUGGCCGAGUUCAUUGUAUCCUGGAGCGAGCACAGUGCUGCCACCUAGUGGCAUGUCUUAACAACCAGCUGGUUGUUAGUCCUCAGCCUUUGGAAAAGACGAAUUUUAUGGAUUGACAUCUGGUCAUUUCCAGGCUGGAUUUAUUUAUUUCUAGUGACUCGAGACAAUAUUAUUCUGUACAGAUGCUUAAAAAUUCUUGUUGGUCCGUGCUGUGUGCCGCCCCUGCCUAAUGUGUUGUUCAAGGAAUGUUCAAGGACACGGUGAGAUCUUACUUGAAGGAGCAACUGAAUUAUAUGCAUUAGAAAUUAUCUUUUAUUUGAACUUGGAGCCUUGUUAUUUAAAUUAUCAUAAUAUAUAUAAUUUUAUAUAUAUUAUGAUAAUUAUAUACAAUUAUAUACAAUUAUAAUUGUAUUUAUAAGAAUAAAAAUACAAUUAUAUUACACAAUUAUAUACAAUUAUAAUUGUAUUUAUAAGAAUAAAAUAUGAAUUAUAUAUAAUUAUUGAUACUGCAAUUAAAAUAACUGGAUUUGCUAUUUUCUCCUUUUAGCUCAGCCACCUGAACAGGUUGAUACAGCAGUCCUUGUUUCUGGUAGGUCGGUAUUCAAUUCCACUUGAUCUAAGUGGUUGGGCACCAUUCUUUCCAUACUACCCCACAUUCAUGUCUUCAUAUUCCCAUCCAAAUGCUGUGCAGUCACACAAGCUUAGUACUUUCUCUUCAUAAUUACCUGCCUACCUUUUCUUUUAUGGCUAGUGCAGAAGUUGGGUUUUUUGUGGCCCAGGAGUUUGCCAUCACUUUGAAUGUAAACUUUUGAGUUGUUGGCCAGUUAGACGAAUUACAGUGUAUUAAUACCUUGAUGUAGGCCGAACGAACAACUGUUGUUUUGAACCAGCUACAAAGAUUUACGGGGCUCAUUUGAGUCAUUGAAAUUAAAGUUUUAAAAAAGUUCUACAAGCUUCCAUCUUCCUGACUCAUAGCUAACAAGAUCACAUAAUUACAAAUUUGCAUUUAGACUUUUUUUAUUGAAUUUUUGUCUCAGUAGGAUACAUUGCUUCAAAAUGGGAAGGUAAGUACCAAAAUUAUCCAUUUCAGGCUACUAAACUCAAACACAAUUUUAAGAAUAUGUAUCUGAUGUGUUUAGUGUACUUCACGACUGUAAGUUCCUACAUCUUUGAUCUGUUUAGCCAAACUAUCAGAAAUUUAUAAGAAACUUUAAUUAAAGUAUUGUAAUAGUAGUAA